CGUCCGCGACGCUGUCGCCGCCGCCCCGGCUGCGCCCUGCGGCCGUCGGAGGUGAGCGCGGAUCCUUGGCGGGGAUCCUUGGCCGGCGGAGGAAGAAGGCCCGUGCCCUGCGACUUCACCCCCGAAUCGCCUGUUCUGCGGCGCCGAUUGCCGAUGGCGCCGACGUGUCGGCGGAAGGCGGAUCUAGCCCCUAGUUACGGUGGCAGUGAUGAUCUUUUCACAGUUGAGUUGCAUCAUGGUGGAUUUUUUGUUGGGUCUGGUCAGUUAAGGACUUAUGUGAAUGGAAAGAUUAGCUGGUUUGAUAAUUGUGACACUGAUACUUGGUCUCCCCUGUGGUUUGAGGAUUUCUUUGAGCAGCUAGGUUACACUGAUCUUUCGAAUUUGAAGGUCUAUUGGUUGUUACCGGGGAAGGAUCUGGCAGAUGGGUUGAGAAUAGUCACCAACGAUUCAGAUACGAAUGCUAUGGCAUCCGUGGUUGAUAGGGUUAAGACUCUGGUAGUCUACAUUGAUCAUGAUGAGACUUUUAGGGGUAUUGAUUGGGAUGAUGUGGUUAUAAACCCGAGUGCAGAAUUGCCCAAAGUUUUUAGCCCUUGUAAGGGUCCACAAGUUGAAAAUAAUGUGGGUGAGAGACUUCCUGAUUUCUCCAAAAAUCUGAGAAGCAUGUUUGAUGAACAACAGAAUUGUGAAGCUGCAGGAACUGAAAAUGGCAGUGUCAGUGAUGAUAGUGAGGACUCAGACUUUGUUGAUAGUGACAACGAGGUUGAUCAUGAUGAUGAUGAUCUGUUUGCAGACUAUGUUGAUGUUGAUGUCAUAGAUGAGGGAGCAGGUAAAGGCAAGAAAACUGGAAGGACAACUGCAACAACAAUUUUUGAUGGAGAAAAUGAAUCAAGUGAUGAUGAAGGACUGUACCUACCAAAUGAUGAGGGUCAAGUUAAUUUGAAUUUCAAGAAUUUUACACAUGAGGACUUGAAUAACCCUGCAUUUAAGGUUGGGAUGGUAUUUGAAUCAGUAAAGAUGUUAAGAAAGGCAAUAACUGAGUACAACUUGAAGAAUAGGGUUAACAUAAAGAUGCCAAGAAAUGAUCAGAGGAGAAUUAGAGCACAUUGUGCUGAUGGCUGCCCGGAGUUUGUAUGCUUCAAAAGAUAGCAGGGUUAAAGCUUUUAUGGUGAAGACAUAUUUUGGUGAACAUAAUUGCCAGAAGGAGUGGGUGUUGAAGAAGUGCACCUCAAAUUGGUUGGCUGACAAGUACCUGGACAGUUUCAGAGCUGAUGACAAGAUGAGUCUUGCCAACUUUACAAGAACUGUGCAAAAAGACUAGAACCUGACUCCAUUAAGAACCAAAUUGGCUAGAGCUAGGAGGCUUGCUCUAAAAAAGAUAUUUGGAGAUGAGAGUGAGCAGUACAACCAGCUUUGGGAUUAUGGACAAGAAUUGAGGAGAAGUAAUCCAGGUAGUACAUUCUAUCUAAAGACUGUGAACAGUCACUUCUCUAGUUGUUACAUGUCCUUGGAUGCUUGCAAGAGAGGAUUUCUGGCACAGUGCGGACCUUUCAUUUGUUUGGAUGGGUGCCACAUCAAGACCAAAUUUGGUGGUCAGAUCCUCACAGCUGUGGGUAUUGAUCCCAAUGAUUGCAUUUACCCAAUAGCAAUGGGUGUGGUUAUUGACGCUCAUUAGCGCCCCCGAUUUGUAUACCGCAAGCACACGGUUCGUGUAGCUUUUCCCUUAGAGUAUUCCCCCAAGGU